AAUUACCCAUUAUUCAUUGCUUUGCAGUUAAACCAUGCUUUUAACAAUCUAUGGUCAAUAUUAAUGGGGCAGUACGGCCUAUUUCUCGGUGAAAACCGCGGUUAUAUCAUUAUUCUUCUACUUAUUAUUGGGUAUUUAUAUUGCUCAAUUUUGUUCAAAAUUUCAAAAUUAUCAUUUAUGUAAGCACAAUGAUUUACUCUUCUAAAUCAAAUGAGAACAUACAAAUCAUUCCAAGGUACAAAAAGAAAAUUAAAAAGUUAAACAACUUGAAGACCGCUAGAAUAUAUGUUGCAUUGUUUCUAGCCAUCCUUUUGAUUGGCUUUUACUAUUAUUUUCGGGAGCAUAUUGUGGUUAGAUUGGACAUCCCUUUGAAGUCAAACGUGAAAAAGGAAAAUUUAAAAAAAUAUAUGAUGCAAGAACUCGAUCACAUAGGUUAUAUAGAACCGGAACUUCAAGUAACUCUUGAUGAACGAAUCAUUCAUUUAGACCUGAAGGGGGCUCCUCCUAAAAUUUCCUACUUUUCAAGAUUGUUUCCUUUAAUUGCGGAAUUAGGAGGGACCGGGAUACUAAUUGAAUACGAGGAUAUGUUCCCGUAUAAUGGGACAAUUUUGAAGAAUGUCUCUGCCUUAAAUGCUUACAGUUUAAAAGAAAUUACAAUUAUCAACAGACUUGCCCGAGAAAAUAAUUUAAAAGUUAUUCCCUUGAUACAGACAUUUGGACAUUUGGAAUUUUUAUUAAAGUUGCAACAAUAUAAAGACUAUAGAGAGGUAUUUGCUUAUCCUCAAGUAAUUUGCCCGUCACAUCCUCAUACAAUGUCUUUAAUUGAAGAUAUGAUUGACCAGAUCAUCGCUUCACACCCGGACAUAGAAAUGUUGCAUAUUGGUUGUGAUGAGGUGUAUUAUUUAGGGUUUUGUGAACGUUGCACAAAUCGUAUGAUUAAUGACAAUGUCUCCAAGAACUUGUUAUUCUUGGAGCAUGUUAAAGCAAUUUCGCAAAUUUUAAACAAGAAAUAUCCCCAUAUUAGAAUUUUACUCUGGGAUGAUCAGUUCCGUUCUAUGACCGAAACUGAUCUUGCAGAAGUUAAGUUGAAUGAAAACUUGGAACCUGUCAUUUGGAGGUACACUAAAGAGGUAUAUGAUGAAUUGGGGCCUAGUUUAUGGGACAUGUAUUCCAAAAUUUUUAGAAAAGUUUGGAUUGCUAGUGCCUAUAAAGGCGCCAUAGGAAGUAACAAGUAUAUGUCCGACGUUAAUCAUUAUCUUCAGAAUCACAGAAGUUGGCUCUCAGUUGUUGCAGAGCACAAAAGACGUGUUAAUUUUCGUGGAAUCAUAAUGGCCGGUUGGCAAAGGUAUGACCACUUUGCUGUGUUGUGCGAGUUGUUGCCAAUCGGUAUACCGGCAUUAGCGAUGAGUUUAAGGUUAUUAAAAGGGUUUAAAGACUCCCCCUUAAGUCCGCCCACGGAAGUCUCAAAAGUUUUAAAAUGUCAUCAACCUUAUGGGCUGAUUGGGUCGGCAUUUGGCAGCCCAAAAUGUGAAUUUCCAGGUACAUAUAUUUUUCAUUUUGCGGUUUGAUUACUUCCAUGUAAUUAAUAUGGAUGUCGUAAUUUUAAGGAGGUGAUGUCCUGGAAAAUGUCAUCCGGCUACAGCAGCUGGUGCAAGAGUAUGAAGCCCUAGUGGAUGAUGCGAGGGUUAAAGGUUGGAUGAAUGAUUACAAUCUGGCGCAUGGUUUUUCUAAUCCUCAGUAUGUAGAA